AUGGCGGCGACCUCGCCGGCGCCGACGAGGGCCGCCGCGGCGCUCACCCUGGCCCCGCAUCGAAGGGUCCACCAUGUCCACAUGCCUUCCGGCCGCCCCUGCCCCUGCCGUUCUUCUGCCGCUCCUCGGCGGCGCACUCCGCGGUGCCGCGCGAAGCCGACAGUCAAGGGCGUGGUCGACGACGACGAGGACGCUUCCCGGGAGUCAGAGCCUGAAAGGAAGGAGGGGGAGGAAGAUAUGACUGCGAUGGGUACGCUGCCGGGAUGGCUCAGGCUUGACACCGUUGGGAUGGAUAUCCUGAGCAUCGCCGCGCCCGCUGUGCUCGCGCUCGCCGCUGACCCCAUCGCUGCGCUCGUCGACACCGCCUUCGUCGGCCAUAUAGGUCCAACGGAACUUGCUGCCGUGGGUGUAUCGAUUUCGGUCUUCAAUUUGGUGUCCAAGUUAUUUAAUGUUCCACUGCUUAACGUGACCACAUCUUUUGUUGCUGAGCAGCAAGCAGUAGAUGAUAGUUAUAGAGGAACAGGAGAAAAUGAAUUUCGAAGAUCCCCAGAUAAUAAGUUCAGUGAAGAAAGGAAGUUUCUUCCGGCAGUCACGACAUCUUUGGCUCUAGCUUCUGGUAUUGGGUUGAUGGAAACUUUGGCGCUUAUUUUUGGAUCUGGAACAUUGAUGGAUGUCAUUGGUAUACCAGUGGAUUCCCCGGUGCGUAUACCAGCCGAGCAAUUUCUUACUUUUAGGGCAUAUGGUGCUCCACCUAUCAUAGUAGCACUUGCAGCACAGGGUGCAUUUCGUGGGUUGAUGGAUACAAAGACACCUUUGUACGCUAUUGGUGUUGGUAACCUAGUAAAUGCAAUACUUGAUGCCAUAUUUGUCUUUCCGCUUGGUUUAGGAGUAAGAGGUGCUGCGUUGGCGACUGUAACAUCUGAGUACGUGAUAGCUUGCAUCCUCCUUUGGAAGUUGAAUAGUAAAGUAGUAAUCUUCUCAGGAAAGAUCAUUGGUGGUGGAAUGAUACGCUACCUGAAAUCAGGCGGACUGCUGAUCGGUAGGACCAUAGCAGUGCUCCUCACCAUGACACUGUCGACGUCUCUUGCUGCAAGGGAAGGGCCUGUUCCAAUGGCUGGCCAUCAGUUAUGCUUGCAAGUAUGGUUAACAAUCUCUUUACUCAAUGAUGCAUUAGCCCUUGCUGGACAGGCUCUGCUUGCAACUGAAUAUACGAAAAGAAAUUACAAGCAGGCGCGCAUGGUUCUCUACAGAGUUCUGCAGAUUGGAGGGGCGACUGGUACGGCACUCGCUAUAAUCUUGUUUUUUGGGUUUGGGUCUUUCUCCUCGCUGUUCACAGACGAUCCAGCAGUUCUGGGUAUUGCCAAAUCUGGUGUCUGGUUCGUCGCCAUCUCCCAGCCAAUAAAUGCUGUUGCUUUUGUGGUCGAUGGGCUCUACUAUGGUGUAUCUGACUUUGCAUAUGCUGCCUACUCCAUGUUCUUUGCAGGAGCCAUAUCGUCGGCUUUCCUUCUUGUUGCCGCUCCUGAAUUUGGUCUUGGUGGCGUCUGGGCCGGUCUCAUUCUUUUUAUGAGUUUGCGAGCAGUUGCUGGGUUGUGGAGGUUAGGGAGCAAAGGUGGACCCUGGAACUCGAUCUUGUCAGACACUGACUUAAGCGACAAAUUGUGA